AUGGCUGAUUACACAUACGACCAACGGCGAUAUGGCCCGGCCUCGAAUAAUCAGCGAGAUGCCGCAUUCUCCAACAUCUUCGGUUCAGCUCCCCCUCCGGGACGUACUGGGACUAUGACCUCGUCGUCGCAGGGCUACACGCCGAACAUGCAGCCUCAGGAGGGUAGAACCCAAACCAUGUCUUCCGUGUCGAGCAUGCAACACGAUAUGCAGAGACGUCCCCCUCCGCGACCCCAACAGCAAAGGGGUUAUGAAGAGACUGGCCGAACUAGGACCAUGGAUACGAGUAUUGCCAAUGGUUAUUAUCAAAGCCAACGAAACCCGUCUGGAGGUUAUCCCCCUAUGCCAGGACAAUAUGGAAGGGCGCCGCCUGCUCCGGGGCCGAACCAAAGGCCUUAUCCCGGCCCUCCGCCUCAAGGGCAAUCUCGACUCGACCCGAGAGCACCUGCCCAGGGAUAUCCUCCACGAAAUCCAGCUCCUCGAAUGUAUCAAGGAGGACCCGGUUCCGCCCCUGCUAUGCGUGAUGACCCGUAUAGAUCCCAGUCUCUCGCCAGCAUGCCACGACAACCGCUGUACCAGAACCAGACGCCACCUUUUCAAAACCAACCGAACAACUUUCGGACUCCUCCGCAGACUACCAUGUCGUCCCGCACAACCGCACAAGGUCGGGUAGUCCCAGAACGCCACGAUGAUCGAUCGAUGUCCAUGACUGGUUAUCCUCCUGACCGCGAUGCUCACCAGAUGAUGAGCGGCCGAAUAAUUCCCAAUCGUAUGAGGGCGCCCUCAAACGAGACUCCCACGGCGAAUGGACAUACGGCUGGAUACCCCUCGUUUAGCGGACACUCAGCCGCGCCAGGUACCGCAACGAGGACUAUGAGCAUGGCAUCUUCGACUGUUGCCGGAGAUCAUAGUCGCACGAUGUCAAUGGCUAGUACCAUUGUCCCUGAGACUUCCGAGCAAGCUCGACAACAGCUCUCGCAGCAGCAGCAAUCAGCUCACCGGCCAUCCUUGUCGAGAUCAUUCGAGGGUGAGCGACCUCCUACCGCUAAGAUUCGGCCGCCGUUAGUUUACCCUGCCCUUCUCUCGAGAGUCGCCGAAUGCUUCCGCCAAAAGAUCAUCACGGGCGACCGGACGAAGAACGAGUUGACGUACAAAAAUGCGUUCAGCGGUUCCGAGGCCGUUGACGUCCUCUCGUAUAUUAUUAGAACUACAGACAGGAACUUGGCUCUGCUCCUUGGCCGAGCUCUAGAUGCGCAGAAGUUUUUCCACGAUGUUACUUACGAGCACCGAUUACGAGAUUCGUCAUCAGAAAUGUAUCAAUUCAGGGAGAGUCUUAUGGAUGAGCCAGAAGAAAAGCACCCGGUUAAUGGCGUAUUCGUUUUGCUUUCCGAAUGUUACUCUCCUACAUGCACAAGGGACCAACUCUGCUACUCAAUUGCUUGCCCACGAAGAUUAGAACAGGUUUCUCGACUUAACCUCAAGCCACAGGUUGGCCUGAGGAAGGAUCAGGACGCUACUAUUAACGACGAUGCGGAUCAAACGGACGAGCAGAAACUCUGGAUUAAUACCGUUCCCAAGGAGGUUGCCGAAAGUGUCGGCGACAGGGAGAAGAAGAGGCAAGAAGUUAUUUCCGAAAUUUGUUAUACCGAAAGAGACUUUGUCAAGGAUCUCGAGUACCUAAGAGAUUUCUGGAUCCUGCCGCUGCGUUCGAAGGCUUCGCCUAUCCCCGCCGCAAAGAGGGAACAGGUUGUGCAGAAUAUUUUCAGCAACAUUAUUGAUCAUCCUAGCAUUCACUCGGUCAGUUCAAGAUUUGCCAAGGCUUUGACAGAAAGGCAACAGAAGAACCCCGUAGUCAAGAAUCUCGGCGAUAUCUUCCUGGAGAUAGUUCCCCAGUUCGAGCCGUUCAUCCUGUACGGUUCGAAGCAGCUUGAAGCCAAAUUCGAGUUCGAAAACGAGCGAUCGAGCAACCCCUAUUUUGCUAAAUUUGUCGAAGAGAUCGAAAGGAGGAAAGAGUCGAGAAAGUUGGAGCUGAACGGUUAUUUGACCAAGCCCACGACGCGACUUGCCCGUUAUCCCCUGCUUCUCGAGAACGUCUUGAAAUAUACGGAAGAUGACAACCCCGACAAGGAGGACAUUCCGAAAGUUCUUGUUAUGAUUCGCGACUUACUGAGCAGAGUUAACGCCGAAUCCGGCAAAGCUGAAAACCGGUUCAAUCUGCGUCGUCUACACGAGCAACUGAAGUUCCGCCCUGCUGAUCGAGUUGACCUUAAAUUGACGGAAGCCGGUCGAGAACUCGUGUUCAAAACCCAGUUCAAAAAAUCACCUACGGAUCCUACGGAUAUUACGGCUUUCCUAUUCGACCACGCUGUUCUUCUGGUGCGGAUAAAGCAAGUUGGCAAGAACGAAGAAGUCAAAGCUUACAGGAGACCAAUCCCCUUGGAGCUACUCUCUAUUAAAGAGAUGGACGAAGUUAUCCCUCAGGCAGGAGUAAAACGAGCGUCGUCAAACUUGCCUUUCCGCGGCAAAGAUUCCGACAAGAAAUCUACGGAAGGCUGGCCUAUCACCUUCCGACACCUGGGCAAAAACUACUACGAGCAAGUUUUGUACGCAUCGAAUCAGACGGCUAGGAAAAAGUGGCUCGAGUUCAUCGAUUCGGCUCAGCAGCGUCUUCGAGCACGGGCUGAUUUCUUCAACGUCAACACCCUUUCUUCUAGCUUCUUCCAAGCUGGCAACCUUGUCAAUACUGUUACACCUUUCGACGGCGGUCGUAAACUCAUUAUUGGCACCGAUCAUGGCAUCUACGUGUCGGAUCGAAAGGUUAAAGACCAGGUGCCCAAGCGCGUCAUCGAGGUACAGCACGUCACGCAAGUUGAUGUAUUGGAAGAAUACAAUCUCCUACUAGUCCUAUCGAACAAGACGUUGUCGUCGUACUCGCUCGCAGCAUUGGAUCCCAACGAGCCUGCACUUGCGAAGAGGCCUAAGAAAAUCCAGAGCAACUGUAACUUCUUCAAAACAGGUAUCUGUCUAGGUAGACAUCUGGUCUGUUGUGUCAAGUCUAGUGCACUUUCGACUACGAUCAAGGUGUACGAACCGAACGACUCGAUGAGCAAGGGCAAGAAGCAGAAAGGUUUUGGCAAAAUGUUCAACGCCGGCCAGGAUGAGCUGAGGGCGUUCAAAGAGUUCUAUAUCCCAACCGAAUCAUCAUCUGUCCACUUCCUUAAGAGCAAGCUCUGCGUGGCAUGCGCCAGAGGUUUCGAAGUCGUCUCUCUCGAAACACUUGAAACGCAAUCGCUACUAGAUCAGGCUGAUACUUCGCUCGACUUCGUCGCAAGGAAGGAAGGUGUGAAACCGAUCCAUAUAGAACGGCUCAACGGAGAAUUCCUUCUCAACUAUUCCGAGUUUUCGUUCUUCGUCAACAGGAACGGCUGGAGAGCAAGACCGGAAUGGCGUAUUGAUUGGGAAGGAACGCCACAAGCAUUCGCUUUAUCUUACCCGUGGAUCUUGGCGUUCGAGCCAAACUUCAUUGAGCUCAGGAAUAUUGAAAGCGGAGCAGUCCAUAUUGUUCCACACAAGAAUAUCCGGAUGCUACACAGUAGUACGCACGAGAUUUUGUUCGCCUACGAAGAUGAAGCCGGCGGUGACGUGAUUGCUGCUCUAGACUUCUGGAAAAACAACCGGAAGUCCGAGUUGCUGGCGCCUUGA